UUCAUCCGGGACAUGAUUUAGACAAAAAUGGCAGAUGCAGAGCAGGAAGCAAAAUUGAAUGAAGACGUUGAGGAUGCGGAUGAAGGCGAGACGGAUUAUUAUUGUGUGUUGGGAGUUGAUAAGGUGGCCACGUCUGAAGAGAUCAAGAAGGCAUACAGAAAGUUGGCUCUGAAAUAUCAUCCAGACAAGAACUCCGAACCUGCAGCUGCCGAGAAGUUCAAACAGAUCAAUCGAGCUCAUGUCGUUCUCAUCGAUCCAAACAAGCGAAGAAUCUACGACGAAUACGGUCACAUUGGACUACAAAUUGCCGAGCAAUUCGGCGAAGACAACAUGCGACUCAUUUUGUGUUUCUCAAACAAAUGGUGUAAGGCGUUCGUGUGCUGCUGUGCUAUCUUCACAUGCUGCUGUUGCUGUUUCUGCUGCUGCAUGUGCUGUGGCAGGUGCCAGGAGCCUGAACCAGAAUAUAAUGACAUUGAUGGUCUCCUAGAGGAGGAUGAAGAGAAAGAGCCGGUUACUGGUCAACCGACGAGUACUUAUGGCUCAGAUGGUUGAUAUCAAAUAGUAGUUUAGAUGAUUAAUUUAUACGCGAUUGUGAUAACGGCGUAUUUGUUGCGUUGAUUUAUUAUCAAUCUCAGUUUUCUUUGCAUAUUCUCCACACUAGGAGAGAAACCCUGGGAGGAUGCUUGGGUAUACAAUGUGUAGGAAUUGCUAUGCGUGUCGUUGAGUUACACAGUGCACUGACAGAUGCAUGGACAGACACACGGACAGACAUAAACACAGACACUUGGACAGGCACAAACACAGACACUUGGACAGACACAAAAACAGACACACAAACAAAAGUAUGGACAGACACCAAACAUACAUUUGGACUGUUGCAUGGACA